AUGCAGUUCCUCAGCAUUCGAACCAUUACCUUCCUCUUCCUUGCCCUCCCCUCGGCACUGGCAAAGGCCGGCGGUCCUUGUGCUCCGCCCUAUAACUCCGACAACGACUGCAUUUGCUAUGAUAAGGCGCGAUGCGAAAGCAUGCACGGCUUCACUAUCGUGGGCUCUCCUGGCAACUGGCCCUGCCCGGAUGAUCUGAGCAACAUCGUUGGCUGCAAGAAGGUCGGCUGCGACCCCAAGGGCCGUGGCAGCUACUGCGCUUUUGGCUGUAGGCCAGGUUAUAGCAAAAUUCCUGACCCUGUCUGCCCUGGCGGCAAUGACUUCUUCUGCUGCGUUGGGAUCUGA